CCAGGUCCCACCGCUCAAUACAAAGGAGAAGAGCCGAGUCAUUCUGAUUCUGUUCCCCCGUCUCCUAGGAACAUCGGCCUGACUGAUUUCGCCGUUGUUUUCGAUUCUAAAGGAUUUCCAAGGGUCCAUCCGUCCCAUUCGCGGGAGCAUGCUAUCAUCCUCAUCCUCGUCGGAGAAGGGCGUGUUGAGCCCGAGUAACCCAUUGGGCGGCUUGAAGCAGUACUAUGUGACCAAGAUUGAGGACUUGGAGUUGACGGUGUCGGAGAAGAACCAGAACCUGCGUCGCCUCCAAGCCCAACGCAAUGAGCUCAACGCGAAGGUGCGCAUGCUACGCGAGGAGCUCCAACUCCUCCAAGAGCAAGGAUCCUAUGUGGGUGAGGUGGUCAAGGCCAUGGACAAGAAGAAGGUCCUGGUCAAAGUCCAUCCCGAGGGAAAAUUCGUCGUCGAUCUGGAUAAGAACAUCGACGUCAACGAUAUCACGCCCAAUUGUCGGGUGGCCCUCCGCAACGAUAGCUACACGCUCCACAAGAUCCUGCCCAACAAAGUCGAUCCCCUGGUGUCACUCAUGAUGGUGGAAAAGGUUCCGGACUCCACCUACGAGAUGGUAGGAGGACUUCAGAAGCAGAUCAAAGAGAUCAAGGAGGUCAUCGAACUACCCGUCAAGCAUCCCGAGCUCUUUGACGCACUGGGCAUCGCCCAACCCAAAGGCGUGCUACUGUAUGGCCCACCCGGCACGGGCAAAACCUUGUUGGCGCGUGCCGUGGCCCAUCAUACCGAAUGUACCUUCAUUCGUGUGUCCGGCUCUGAACUGGUGCAGAAGUUCAUCGGCGAAGGAUCCCGCAUGGUUCGAGAGCUCUUCGUCAUGGCCCGUGAACACGCGCCCUCCAUUAUCUUCAUGGACGAGAUCGACUCGAUUGGCUCGUCUCGAAUUGAAUCGGGAGGCGGCGGUGACUCCGAGGUCCAGCGCACCAUGUUGGAGCUGCUCAACCAGUUGGACGGGUUCGAGGCCACCAAGAACAUCAAAGUCAUCAUGGCUACCAAUCGAAUCGAUAUUCUCGACUCUGCUCUCCUUCGACCCGGUCGUAUUGACCGAAAAAUAGAGUUUCCUCCACCCAACGAGGACGCCAGGUUAGACAUCCUCAAGAUCCACUCGCGGAAGAUGAACCUCACGCGCGGAAUAAACUUGAAAAAGAUCGCCGAACUCAUGCCCGGUGCAUCCGGUGCCGAGGUCAAGGGUGUGUGCACUGAAGCGGGCAUGUACGCCCUCCGUGAGCGGCGCGUUCACGUCACCCAAGAGGAUUUCGAAAUGGCCGUGGCCAAAAUCAUGCAGAAAGAUUCAGAAAAGAACAUGUCCGUCAAAAAGUUAUUCAAGUGAACAUGGCUCUCUUCCUCUCUGGGUGUCAUUUUUAUUACAUGUAGAUUGAAUAAAUUACACAGACCGAGA